AUGGAAAAGAAACGACGUGCACGCAUCAACGUGUCCCUGGAACAGCUCAAAUCCCUGCUGGAGAAACACUAUUCACAUCAGAUCCGGAAACGCAAGUUGGAGAAGGCGGAUAUCCUUGAGUUGAGCGUCAAAUAUAUGAAAAGCUUGCAGAGCUCAGUUCAUGGGCUCUGGCCAGUCCCAGGUGGCGCGGAGUACCGUUCGGGGCUCCGCGGCUGCCUGCCGGGUGUGAGCCAGUUCCUGAGGCGAGGUGAGGAGGGCGGCGGCCAGCGCUGCCCCCUGGUGCCGGAGCGCGCGGGCGGCAGCACCACGGACAGCACCAGAUCGAGCUCCUACCCUGAGGCGCCAACUCUAAGUGGCCCUUGUGCCCACUCCGUCUGGGCUUCCAUUUGGGCUCCGGUUACUGGUGGCCCGCGGUCCCCGCCACCCCAGCUUCUCCUUCCUAGUGCCCCCCACGAUCUGUCCACCAGCGUCACGGCUCCUCAGCCAGCCUCGCACCACUGCCCCGAGAGCCCGGGCCCGGGACUGCGCGUUUGGCGACCUUGGUGA